GCCUGGUUGCUCGGAGCCCGGACCGGGGGCACUGAACCCCCCAAAGUGAGGGACACUGAGCCCCAAACCCGGGAACCGCUCCCGAGCCUGCUCCUCCAUCACCCCUGAGAGGGGACAAGGACCCCUGGCCACCCGGCCAUGGCUGAGCGAGGGGACGCCCUUUGUGGGGCCCCCGAGGAGCCGCAGCCCCCAGGAGUGACCCUCAACGACAGCCUCAUCUCCACCCGCACUCGCUCCACGGGGCCGCUGCCCACCGGCACCCUGCGCUUGGACCGGGAGAACAUCGCCUGCAUCGGGAGAACCCGCGGGCAGGAGGGGAUCCACAGCCUCUACCUGCAGCAGAACCGAAUUGAGAAGCUGGAGAACCUGGAGUGCUUUCCCAACCUGAGGUUCCUGUGCCUGGCCGGGAACCGCAUCCAGAGGCUGCAGAACCUGCGGGGGCUGCUCCAGCUCGGCCUCCUGGACCUGUCCCACAACCUGAUCCAGGUGCUGCACACAGAGGAGCUGCCCCGCAGCCUGCGCAUCCUGGACCUGGCAGGGAACCAGUGCACCCAGCAGGAGGGGUACAGGGCCGGGGUGCUGGCAGCGCUGCCCCAGCUCCUGCAGCUGGACUCCCAGCCCGUGCGGGCGAGCACGGCCGAGGAGGAGGAGGGAGGAGGAGGAGGCUCCUGCAGCAGCGAGGAUGAGGAUGAGGAUGAGGAUGAGGAGCUGCUGGCGGCGCUCAGGGCUCCCUUCACGGUGGACAGAGGGUUCCUGGGGGAUCUGCGCCGGGAGCUGGCGGGGCGGGCGCGGCGGCGGCGGGCGCUGAGCCUGGAGGAGCACCGGGCGCGCCUGGAGGAGCUGCGGGAGCUGCUGGGCCCGGGGCGGGGCGGGACAGCCCCGCCGGGUCCCCAGCGCCGUCCCCAGGGCCGCCCCGGGGCUCCGCGGGCACCCAGCGGCUCCAGCCCGCCCCCGGGCCAGGCUCUGCAGAGAGAGACCCGAGCCGGAGGAGCGGGAAAUGGGCUGCAGGCACCCCAGACACCCUGA